CCCUCCAGCCGACCAGGCAGCAAUUACGCUUUGGGGAUAAAACGAGGCGCGGAGAGCGGGCUGGGGCAUUUCUCCCCGAGAUGGCGGGUCUGGCGGCGGCGGCCCCGCGGCACGGAGUCCUGCUGCUCCUGCUGUCCUUCCUCCACUCCGCUCGGCCGGGAGGGGUCCCAGGGGCUGUUCCUGGCGCAGUUCCCGGAGGAGUCUUUUACCCAGGGGCUGGUCUUGGAGGCCUGGGAAUAGGAGCUCUGGGCGCUGGAGUCAAACCACCCAAGCCAGGUGUUGGAGGGCUCGCAGGCGCUGGCCUUGGGGCAGGUCUCGGUGCCUUCCCUGCAGGCACCUUCCCGGGGGCUCUGGCGCCCAGCGGAGCGGCCGCCGCUGCUGCAGCCUAUAAGGCAGCCGCCAAGGCUGGUGCUGGGCUUGGCGGUGUUGCUGGAGUUGGCGGUAUUGGUGGCUUAGGCGUGUCUACAGGUGCGGUGGUUCCUCAGCCCGGAGCUGGAGUAGGAGUCGGAGCUGCAGCGAAGCCUGGGAAAGUGCCCGGUGUGGGGCUUCCAGGUGUAUACCCAGGUGGCGUGCUCCCAGGCACAGGAGCUCGGUUUCCAGGUGUGGGGGUGCUCCCCGGGGUCCCCAUUGGAACGGGAGUGAAGCCCAAGGCCCCAGGUGCAGGUGGAGCUUUUGCUGGAAUCCCAGGGGUUGGGCCCUUUGGGGGCCCGCAGCCUGGAGUCCCCCUGGGGUACCCCAUCAAGGCACCCAAGCUGCCAGGUGGCUACGGACUGCCCUACAGCACUGGGAAACUGCCCUAUGGCUACGGGCCCGGAGGAGUGGCUGGUGCAGGGGCCAAGGCCGGCUACCCAACAGGGACAGGGGUUGGCGCCCAGGCUGCAGCAGCAGCAGCUAAAGCAGCAAAGUAUGGUGCUGCAGGAGCCGGAGUCCUCCCUGGUGUCGGAGGAGCUGGCAUUCCUGGUGUACCCGGUGCAAUUCCUGGGAUUGGAGGCAUCGCAGGGGCUGGGGCUCCAGCUGCAGCUGCAGCUGCAAAGGCAGCCGCUAAGGCAGCCAAGUACGGAGCUCCUGGAGGCUUAGUGCCUGGUGCGCCAGGCUUGGGAGUCCCAGGAGUUGGCGUCCCAGGAGUUGGCGUCCCAGGAGUUGGGGUCCCAGGAGUUGGGGUCCCAGGAGUUGGCAUCCCAGGAGUUGGCGUCCCAGGCGUUGGGGUCCCAGGAGUUGGGGUCCCAGGAGUUGGCGUUCCAGGAGUUGGGGCUGUGUCACCAGCUGCGGCUGCUAAAGCUGCCGCCAAAGCAGCCAAAUAUGGAGCCAGGGCUGGAGUUGGAGUUGGAGGCAUUCCCACUUUCGGGGUUGGUGCUGGGGGCAUUCCCGGCCUUGGUGUCGUACCCGGAGUUGGAGCAAUCCCCGGGGUCGCAGGCGUCCCUGGAGCUGCCAUUUCCCCUGAAGCCCAGGCCGCGGCUGCCGCCAAAGCUGCCAAGUAUGGAGCCCUGGGAGGGCUGGUGCCAGGUGUGCCAGGAGGCGUAGUCCCAGGAGUACCAGGCGCUGAAGGAGUCCCAGGAGCAGGGACCCCGGCGGCGGCUGCAGCCGCCAAAGCUGCCGCCAAGGCUGCCCAGUUUGGGGUAGCCCCCGGGGUCGGUGUGGCUCCUGGAGUGGUCCCCGGGGUCGGCGUGGCUCCUGGAGUGGUCCCCGGGGUCGGUGUGGCUCCUGGAGUGGUCCCCGGGGUCGGCGUGGCUCCUGGAGUGGUCCCUGGUGUUGGCGUGGCCCCCGGCGUUGGCAUUGCCCCUGGUGUCCCAGGAGUAGGGGCUGCAGCCAAAACUGCUGCUAAGGUGGCCGCCAAAGCCCAGCUCCGGGCCGCAGCUGGGCUUGGUGCUGGCGUUCCUGGACUUGGAGUUGGCGUUCCUGGACUUGGAGUUGGCGUUGGCGUUCCCGGACUUGGAGUUGGCGUUGGCGUUCCUGGACUUGGAGUUGGCGCUGUACCUGGAACCCUGGCCGCAGCUAAAGCAGCCAAAUACGGAGCAGGAGUCCCCGGGGCCCUUGGAGGGGCUCUUGGUGGAGUAGGUGUCCCAGGCGUUGUGCCAGGAGCUGCACCUGCUGCUGCUGCCGCCGCUGCCAAAGCCGCUGCCAAAGCUGCCCAGUACGGCCUGGGGGGAGUCGGUGGACUUGGUGCUAUCCCGGGUGCUGUCCCAGGUGUUGUCCCAGGUGUUGUCCCAGGCGUUGUCCCAGGUGCUGUCCCAGGUGUUGUCCCAGGUGCUGUCCCAGGUGUCGGGGCCUUUGGUGAGAGCUGCUCUGAAGUCAGGGAGUGUGUGGGCGGGGGAGAGAGAGAUUUUCUGUCCCACCUCCACCACACCUUUGCUCAAACUGUCCCCUCUGCCCUGCCCCACCCACACCCCACCCCACCUGCUUCUUGGGGUGUGUGGGCCCCACCUUCCCCUCCAGGCCUGGGCAGGGUUCAGAGAGGGGCUGGGGCAGGCAGGAGCCAGAGCUGCCCCUUGCAGCAGGGCCUGAGCCUCUCCCCGCCCUCUCGCAGCCCACUUGCCGCAGGUGGGGUGAGUUAGGAGGAUGAUGGCGAUGCCCAUUCUCCAAGAAGGAAACCAAAGCUCAGAGGGAAGUCGCUUUCCCCAAGUCUGUGCCAUCGUGGCGGGCCUUGUGUUGACAGCCCUUCUCCUGGCUUGUCCCCGAGUCUCCCUGGCUACACUGGCCCUCGGGCCUCUUCCUUCCCGUGUACUCCAUGGGGCCAGACACGCAGUGGGGGCUUAGUGAUGA